CAAACUCUAACAUAAAACUGGGUUAAUUUUGUCUACAUAUGGCUCUAGUUAGAGCCUAGGAAAGCAACUGACAGCGGUGCGCUCUAUAGGCACGUGCAUUUGUUGAUAACAAUUAUCGAAGCUUUGGCAGAUAUUUUUGUGAGGCACAGUGCUCCUUUCAGUAUAGCUACGAGCGAACCAAAGCGUGCUGUUUUGUUCACUAUUUGGCGAAUUUGGUCUACUUGUAGCAGCUGUGCUGUUGUUUAAAAAACACUCCGUCUCUGUAGAGGGCAGUAGUGGUCAAAAGUCAUAGAAACAAAGCCAGCGGAGUCCCGAAAAAUAUUAGACAGGGAUGCCGUUUUAGCGAAGUCGAGUAAAUAUAACUAAUUUAUCAGGGUUAAGCAUGAAAUUGUAUUGUCUGUCUGGUCAUCCUACAUUGCCUUGCAAUGUCCUCAAGUUUAAAUCCACCACUAUCAUGUUGGACUGUGGGCUGGACACCACCUCUGUCCUCAACUUCCUGCCCCUUCCUCUCGUGCACAGCCCAAGACUCUCCAAGCUACCUAGUUGGGUCUCUAAGGAUGGAACAAUUAACUUGGAGAAGGAGCUAAAGGAGUGUGCAGGAAGAGUGUUUGUGGACUCACAGCCAGAGUUCUGUCUCCCUGAGAGAGAACUGCUGGAUCUAUCUACAAUUGAUGUCAUCCUGAUCUCCAACUACCACUGUAUGAUGGCCCUGCCCUACAUCACUGAACACACAGGCUUCACUGGGACGGUGUAUGCUACAGAACCCACCCUGCAGAUUGGCAGACUAUUAAUGGAGGAACUGGUGAACUUCAUGGAGAGAGUUCCCAAAGCGCAAUCUGCCACCUGCUGGAAAAAUAAGGAAAUACAAAGGAUGCUCCCUGGGCCGCUGAAGGAUGCCGUAGAUGUGUGGACGUGGAAACGAAGUUACAGCAUGCAGGAGGUCAACUCGGCGCUCAGCAAAGUUCAGCUUGUGGGUUACUCCCAGAAAGUGGAGCUGUUCGGAGCGGUACAGGUGUCCCCGUUAAGCUCUGGUUACUCAUUGGGGAGCUCCAACUGGAUCAUCCAGUCUCAUCAUGAGAAAGUCGCCUAUGUGUCGGGUUCGUCCCUCCUCACCACACAUCCACAGCCGAUGGACCAAAGCUCCCUUAAGAACAGCGAUGUGCUGAUUCUGACAGGACUCACCCAGAUGCCCACCGCCAACCCAGACGGCAUGCUGGGAGAAUUCUGCAGCAACCUUGCCAUGACGAUUCGAGCUGGAGGCAAUGUGCUAGUGCCGUGCUACUCGUCGGGGGUGAUAUAUGACCUGCUGGAGUGUCUGUACCAGUUCAUCGAGAGCGCCAACCUGGGGACCACGCCCUUCUACUUCAUCUCGCCCAUCGCCAACAGCUCGCUGGAGUUCUCUCAGAUCUUCGCCGAGUGGCUUUGCCACAACAAGCAAUCAAAGGUUUAUCUCCCAGAGCCUCCAUUCCCUCAUGCAGAGUUGAUUCAAACCAACAAGCUGAAGCACUACCCCAGUAUCCACGGAGACUUCAGCAGUGAGUUCCGUCAGCCGUGCGUGGUGUUCACCGGUCACCCCUCUCUUCGCUUCGGCGAUGUGGUUCACUUCAUGGAGCUGUGGGGCAAAUCCAGCCUCAACACCAUAAUCUUUACUGAGCCAGACUUUUCCUACCUGGAUGCCUUGGCUCCCUACCAGCCGCUGGCCAUGAAGUGUGUUUACUGUCCCAUUGACACGCGGCUCAACUUCCACCAAGUCUCAAAGCUGCUCAAGGAAGUCCAGCCCCUCCAUGUGGUGUGUCCGGAGCAGUACACCCAGCCUCCCCUGACCCAGUCCCACCGCUCUGAUCUGAUGUUGGAGCUGCAGCCCCCUCCAAUGCCCUACAGGCGCUGCUCUGUUCUCAACCUGCCCUUUAGACGCCGCUAUGAGCGAGUCUACAUACUGCCUGAGUUGGCCAACUCCCUGGUGCCCUCUGAGAUUAAACCUGGCAUUUCCAUGGCAACUGUGUCUGCAGUGCUGCACUCCAAGGACAACAAACACACACUACAGUCGGUGCCCAAACCCCCUCCAGUGCCUCCCAGCAAGAAGAGGAAACGGGUAAUGGAGGAGCCUCCAGUAGUGCUGGCCCCGAAACCCCUGCUGAGUGGAGCUGUGCCCCUGGAAGCUUUCCUGGUCACACUGCAAAAGCACGGUAUUACAGAGGUGAAAGUGGAGGAGACGGCGGACGGACACAUUCUGCACCUGCAGGCGGAGGACACACUGAUUCAGCUGGAGGAGGACGGGACACACAUCGUCUGCGACAACAACGAGCCGCUGCGUACCACGCUGCGAGACCUGGUGCUGCGCUUCCUGCAGAAACUCUGACCUGAAUCCUUUAGUGUUAGUUUUUUUUAGGAUUUCUGCUUCAUUGGACUGUGGCGAGCAGAAAAAGAUGAAUUAAAGACGAAGAGUCGUGAGCUGGAGUGUCCUCACUUUAUUAACUGCAGUUACAGUAGUUUUACUGUAGUAAAAGUCCUGUUCUAUUUUGUAAAAUAGUAUUUUGUAUUAAAAGUUUCUCAAACAUGUUUGAGAUCAUCUCGGUGG